CGCAAAAAUGCGUCGAAUAUCUCGGCCGCAGCAGCCAAUUGACUUACUACUCACCUCAUUUCGACGUCCCCAAACGCAGUCCUCCUCUUCGCCAUGUCUUGUCUGCAAUUUCCGCGCCAUUUCCUUCCCUAAAGCGCGACACCCGUCCACCUACGUCGCCGCCCGCUUCUCGACAUCGACAAGAUUACGGCAGGAACCGAUUUUCAAGCCCAAAAAUCCCGAGAAGGCGAAAGCGUUUACCGACAGUAUUCAGGCGAAGCUCUGGGGCGGGCAGGAGAAUGUUCUAGGACGCGAGGAUCCGUACGACAGGAACUCCCCGAUGCGGGUACCGGGCGGAGGAAAGGCCGAGAACGAAGUAGAGGCGAAGAGACCCCAGAUAGUGGAGGAGGAGGAGGUGUCUGAAAAGUAUGCGGAUGAGCUUGCGGAGGAGUCGCAUUCGACCGAAGACGAAUAUAGCCCCGACCAUGGGCGUUACGAGGAGGCGAAAACCUGGCAUGGGCUUGAGCGGGUAGGUAGCAAGGAGUGGGCGGAGGAGUACCAGGAUCAGGAGAGGGGGAGACUACACUUUAGAAGAGGCUAUCUACCCUCAACCAAGAUAACGGACCCUGAAGCGCUUGACGCAGCACUCCAUAGGGCGAUCGCCGAAGUUUUUACUCUCCAGAAAGUUGGCAUGGAUCUCGGCCUGACAUCUAAACGAGCCGGUAGCCAGAACGAUUUAGGCUUCAUACAAAGUGUCAAAGUCGGUCCUUCGAAAGACGGAAACAGCGCUAUUGUGGAAUUCUCAGAUUCUACAAACGAGUCGGAAAUAGUGCAAGCGCUGGAAGCACUUGCUAAAACCUCCAAUUCGGUCGACACAGAAUCGUCACCGGAUAUUGGACCGGAGGAAGCAAGUUCUGUCUUGGAAACGACUACCCAGUCUCAACGAUGGAAAGAAGGCUGGCAAUCAAUCUCCAUAAGCGACCCAGACGUUAAGUUUGCUGUCGUGAAACGAUUAAUGCAGUUGACUGGCCAUCGUCUAUCCGACCCUGUCAUCCAAGACACGAACACUAUCGGCCAGCUCUUAGCCCGAAUCACAGCACCCCCUAAGCCGAAGAAGCUUGUUGAGGCUAUUCAAGGUGACGGAAGACUCCAAGCAGUGUCGAAUGUGAAGGUAUCCGGACAACGUGUCACACCCAUGGACAAGGAGCAAGAGGUCGGGAGGUUGAAGGUCAUCGAGUACGCCCUACGCGAACGUGGCUUACUUGUUGGGGCUCCCUCUUGAAGGUGUUAGAACUCAAACACUAGGCUGUAAGAGUACUGUAUAUCUGUAAUAUAGUGGGCAAGCACCGAUGACCGGGCACGCUCUGUGAACUGUACAUGGAUUCAAAUAAGCAUUAAAGCAUGAAAGUUUGGC